AGGUGAGACUGAUAAUCACAGUGACACGCCAUGCUCUGGCCUUUAGCCGUCUGUUUUUUGUUUUUCUCUCACGACGUACGACGUACGACGUACGCUACCAUCUUGUUUGUGGGAUUUUAUUCAUAAAACAUUUUCGACUGGUACAAUGACAUAUUUAGCUAGGAUCUAAUACUGAGGGCGAAAUACUAAUAGGAAUCAUCCCCGCAACACUUCUGUUGCAGGUAUUUAAUAGAAGUCGUUUGGAAGCUUAUUUUACCCAGCAUGCCCCUCCGCAUACGUAUAUGCACUUUGCUUUGGUUUUGCGCUAUUGGAAGUUGUAAGAAGGUGUCUCCUGCUCCUCAGCUUACUGAUCUGAAAUCCCAGAUUUCUGGGGUGGAGGAGCUGUUGGAGGAAUUUGGCAAACAGCUUCAACAGGAAAGGCACUCGCAGAACCUAGAUGAGCAGAAACAGGAAGAACAGACGCUACGCCGUUACCCUGACCAGGCUAAAGAGCAGAUUUAUUGGGGAGAUGAACAUAGGCGCAAAGAUACUAUGCAAACUAAGAGUGAAGAACGUACAGAGGAGGAUACGAUGCAGCGGCAAUUGCUGGAAGCGGGGGUCAGGUCGAAUGGGAAUGCUGGCGAAGAUAUGUGCAAAUUUAACAAGCUGGACGAUUAUAUCAUCCGCACCAAGGACUCCCAGGAGGCUGGAGCAACCUUUCUAAAGGCCCCAAGUGAGGUAUAUAGUUGGAAGCAAUGCCUAGAACUGUGCUGCGCUGAGGCAAGCUGCUCUUUGGCCGUGGUGGAAAGAUCAGGUCGGUGGUUUAACUGCUUUCUCUUUGACUGCAUUCAUCGGGAACUUAAUGUCUGCAAGUUCUCACCACACAAGGAUUACAUCAGUUAUACUCUGUCGGAACGCAAUGAAUCCUCAGGUUGGGCACACGAGACACCCCUGCGUACAUCUGCAGCAUAUAAAGAAAGUGAUACACCUCCACACAGUAAUGCAGGGCAGGAUGUAGUACUUCAAUUGCCAGUUGACUGGUUUAUUCUGGAUGGACGUGGAAGCACAGAUGACCAUGCCAUCGUCGGAUACGAUUGGACGUUGCUUCGUGGGGAUUCACUGGUUGAAAUGAAGGUUCCUCAGCCAGGAACUCUCAUGUUGUCUCACUUACAAGAGGGAGUCUAUACCUUACAGUUGACAGUAACGGAUACAUCAGGUCAGCAGAGCUCAGACAAUGUUUCUGUCAAUGUGCUCCCUGAAGAAAGUCAUGGAUUAGCUUGUACUGGAGCUUGUACUCGCUAUCAGUUUAUCUGUGAUGAUGGCUGCUGUAUUGAUAUCACUCUGGCUUGUGACAAAGUAGUGCAAUGUCCUGAUGGUUCUGAUGAAGCCUUCUGCAAAAACUUUAGUUCUGGUCGGAAGAGUGUGAUCCAUGUUUCGGACAGAGAAAACUAUCAUGAAGCAGGGACCGGUCUGCCUGAAGAGUUUAUCAAGAGCGCUGAAGAAAAGCAUUUACCAUCCUCAGAUACAGAAAAGAGUCAGACAUUUUCUCAGGAAUUAACUAACAAUAAUAAAGUAAUUUCAGGUAAAGAAAGUAAUUUUAUCAACUCAAAAGAUAUUGGAGGUGCCCACCCUGCUCCACAGUCAGGAGCAGUAUUGCCACUUGCCCUUGGCUUAGCAGUAACAGCCUUAUUGAUGUUGAUGGUGGUGUGCCGUCUUCAGUUGGUGAGACAGAAGCUCAAGAAAUCCCAUCCUUUAACUCUGGAGGAGUCUGACUAUCUCAUUAAUGGCAUGUAUCUUUAGUUAUAGCAAGGUAGCCAUGUUCUCCAAUUAAUUUUGCCUUGCAAAUGUGUCUCUUUAAAAGUUAAAAUAUUCUUCAUAACUUCAGUUAAUGGAAAUUGUAAUAAUUAAAAGAAAACAUAUCUAUACCUUCACAUGAAAAA